AUGUCCAGCUCCUGGGUUGAACCUGCGGGGCCAGUAAAUGCCUGUAUCAUCAAGUGUUCAGCUCUGGACAACCUCACUGCUCCAGUCUAUCCAUCACCGACACAUUUCUUUCCUUUGAAGCCAGAGACCGACCCUAGACAACUCUACGAGGAUUGUAAACAAGGGCUUUCCCGGUGUAUUUACGAACAUCCGCAUCUCUCUGGUGUUCUUAUCAAAGACGAGAGUGGGCGCAAUUCGAUCGAGAUUAGAAGCGCACCCCACGCCGGAACGAACUUUUGGUACAAAGACCACCGACACGACUCAGAUGUGCCCUCCUAUCAGGAUCUCAAAGAUGCCGGAUGGCCAUUCGCAGAUGGCGAGCGAGACGGUUUACACAAGCUACGCCCGGAAGACUUCCCAUCUCUUAAGGACGGCGAUCCUAUCAUUGCACCUCAGUUCAAUGUCAUCAAGGGCGGUAUCGUAUUGACCAUGUCUAUAGCACAUGCUAUAGGCGAUCUCGUGCAGUUCAUCGAGUAUGUCAAAUCGUGGGCCCAGAAUACCAAUGCCGUGGCCACGUCUAGGAUAGAAGGACGUCCCGUGCCUCCUCUUCGGCAGCAAAAGGCAGCAAGCCUGUUGGACCGCGCAUGCCUGACACCGAAUGUGCAGAUUGAGGAGGAUUUGGACAAGCUGGCGGCACGUGUCUCUAACCUCCCACAUAUGUCUAUGCUUGAUCCUCGUCGUCCAGAAGAACUAGCAGAGAAGGCGGAUACGCUCUUCACUAAGGCCCGUAUAUCCAACCUUGAUCUGGCAAGCUUGUCUGAAGACCAUCUUCGCGCCCUAUCAUGCUCAGUUUGGAACUUUCAGCAGUCGUCCCUAGAGGAACUUAAGCGCACCAGUCAACAAGAAUUACCGAAGGGCUCAAGAUUAUCAACUAUCGACUGUCUCACUGCUUUCACAUGGAACCGCUUCUUUGUCGCUAAAUAUGCUCCGGAAUCGUCAAGCCAGGAGCCUUUACCUGACAUUUCUCGGAUUGUCUUUGCGGGGAGCAUUCGACACCGCUUGACCCCUCCUUUGCCAGAUGAUUACUUACCGACUUGCGUCGAUCUAUUCCCUGUGGCUGUGGAAACUACCCAUUUCGCCUCUCCCUCUCCUAAAAAUCUCGCCAGGGCAGCAAAGAUGAUUCGUGACAGCAAUGAUAAAUGGAACGAGGAGGUGUUUCGCAGUAUGCUUGAAAUAGCCCAUUCUCAUCCCAUGAGCCCAGGUCUCAUACCAAAUGGACCUAUUGAUGCACUUGUCACCGAUCAUACACGCGCAAGUGCAGCUGUAUUCGAGAGCUGGGGUCCUGAACUAGGCACAAGUGAAGCGUUUAGAGAACCGUACUUAGGAAGAGAUCCGCCCCAUGGAGAGAUCACGCUUCUACCACGACGGCAGGACGGUAGCGUUGACGUUAUGUUUGCGGGAGAAGCUGUCGUGAUGGAACGACUCGGAUGUGACCGAUUCAUGAACCAGAAGGCUUCAUGCCGUUUUACCAUGGACAAAUACAAAACAGCAAACCAUCGGCGCAUGUCAAGGCUGUAG